AUGUCCGCCCGCUUCGGACUGCGCUUCGCGCAGCAAACCGCCCGACAAUCCACAACUUCGUUCACCUCCCGAGCGCCUUUUCAGUUGAGAAACUCCGUAUUUCGACGAUGGCAGGGUACAGCCGCCAACCCGGCGGUCGAAGGUGCGCCACAACAGUCUCUGUUUCAGAGACUCUGGACCAGUGAGGUUGGCAUCAAGACAGUGCAUUUCUGGGCCCCGAUCAUGAAAUGGGGCGUCGUCCUUGCCGGCGCAUCAGACUUCCUGCGUCCGGCCGAGAAACUGUCCUUGACCCAAAACUUGGCUCUCAUGGCGACAGGUUCUAUCUGGACGAGAUGGUGCUUUGUCAUUAAGCCCAAGAACAUGCUUCUUGCCGCCGUCAACUUCUGUCUCUUCCUUGUGGGUACCAUCCAGUGCAGCCGUAUCUUCAUGUAUCGGAGCUCGCAAGAGGGUAGCGCCACGGCAGCCUUGAAGGCGAUGGAGAAGGACAUUGAGAGCUCGGCCAAGGUUGUGGAGAAGAAGGUGGAAGCCAAGUUGUAA